AGAAAAUACAGAUGUCUAAAGAUCAAGCACGCGUAUUAUGCGUUGGCGAUGUUAGAGGGCAGUUCGACCAGCUAGCCAAGAAAAUUUCGGCAAUCAGUUCGAAGAAUGGACCGUUUGAUCUGUUAUUUUGUGUUGGCGAGUUUUUCGGUACAAAUGCAGAAGAAAAUGAGGACGUGCUGAAUGGCAAACUCGAUUUUAUCGUUCCAACUUAUGUUUUAGGUCCUUGUUCUCCUUCUACAUCCUCAUUCUGCCCUGAUGAGUCUGUCGAGCUUUCUUCAAGUAUUACGUACCUUGGGAAACGUGGUAUAUUGAAUACCGCAAGUGGUUUGCAGAUAGCUUAUCUCAGUGGUAUAGAGGGUCCUAGUUCUAGCAACUAUCAGUUCAGUGAAGACGACAUUGAGGAGUUAUUAAUGCCCGUUCGAAAUCAAGCUGGAUUUUUGGGAGUUGAUGUCUUAGUAACCUCCAUAUGGCCAGCAGAGGUCUGGAAACAUGCUCACAAUACGCCAUCAGUACAGAUAAAAGGUUCAAAACUAGUAUCACGCCUUGCUUCUGGUCUUAAGCCGCGUUACCAUUUUGCUGGUACGGGUGUGCAUUAUGAACGGCAGCCAUACAGAAAUCACCGUGUGCUGCUAGAGCCUGCGCAGCACACCACUCGUUUCAUAGGAUUGGCUCCUGUAAACAAUAAAGCGAAGCAGAAGUGGUUAUAUGCCUUUAAUAUUCAGCCGAUGCGGAAAAUGAGUCGCGAAGAACUCACAGUUCAGCCGCCGAACUCCUCAGAGUUUCCUUACAUGGACAUUUUGCAAGAACUUAUGGCCGCUGAGCAGCUGAAAAGAACAAAAAAUCAUGACGAUGUGGAUCGUUAUCGGUUUGAUAUGUCUGCAGAAGUUGAGGACAACGUAGACCGAGGAGGUAGAAAGCGGAGAAGAAAUGAUCAUACGACUGGCGAAAAGGUUCCUGCUGCUCCAUGCUGGUUUUGCUUGUCAAAUGUUGACGUUGAAAAGCAUCUCGUUGUAGCAGUCGGAGAUGUGUGCUAUGCGGCCAUGCCCAAAGGUCCGCUUGUAGAGGAUCAUGUCAUGGUUUUAAGCGUAGGACACAUACAGUCAAUAGUUGCUGCACCCGAGGAUGUGAGAAACGAGUUACAAAAGUUCAAAAAUUCAUUCACUCUGGCAGCGGACAAGGCUGGCAAGUCUUUGUUGUGUUUCGAGCGGAACUACCGUACACAACAUCUACAAGUGCAAAUGGUGCCCGUUCCAAAAUCUACCGUCAAGGCUCUCCGAGGCGCAUUUUUCAACGCUGCUAGUCUGGCUGGCAUUGAGCUUACCGCAAUAGAUGAGAAUGACCAGCUGACGGAUCUAGUGAAUGAAGGGUGCCCAUACUUCUUUGUUGAAUUGCCAGAUGGUUCAAGGCUGUUCACACGACAGAUGAAAGAUUUUCCAUUGCAGUUCGGAAGAGAGGUGCUUGCCAGUCGAGCAAUUCUGAACUGUGAGGAGAAAGUGGACUGGAGAGCAUGUGCUCUCAGCAAGGAAGAUGAAACGAAGCUUGCCAAGAAACUCCAAGAACGAUUCAAACCAUUCGAUUUUACCAGCGCAGAUGACAGCGACUAAUGAUUCCAUGCUGAAUAGACGCCGAUCUGAUUGUUAACAGUAUUUCUGUCUCAUUAAAACCUCAAGUCUGUAAUAAUUUUUGUGAUGUGAAGACACCAAUGUUUUCUGCUGCCGAGUUCCGGUAUGUGAUAAAGUGGAAUGAAACAUGC